AUGUCGAGUCAAAUAAUAUUUCUGUUUAUUCUUAUUUUCAUUCAACAUUCUAGAAUUCACUGUAUCAAGCCGUUGAGAAGAAUUAGAGAGGACUACUGCGAAAAUUAUUUUGGUGCAUUUGGCGAAAGCCGAUCAUGCUCAAUAGCUGAUAAUAUUGUAAUCACUGAAGAUUAUCAAAUGAGUUUGUCUACUCUAAAUGGUUUCUCUAAUCUAAAAAUAAAUUGGACAAGCCCAGUGUUUUACCGUUGGAAUAUUUACAAAAUAUGUAAUGAAACUGAUUACAAAAUUGAUGCACUUUUUGUGGAUGGAAUUCAAAGUGCAGGCGAUAUGAGAAUAAGACCUGGCGCACAUUAUCUUGGCCUACUUGGCAUUCGAAAAAUGCAUUACUACGAUAUUUUCCUUCCAUCCUUGCUGAUAGCUGAGGCGGAUGUUCAUUACGCAAAUGGGCCGCAAAAUUUAACUUUUAAAUAUGAAAAUGACAGUCCACAUAAUUCCAUGGUUAUAAACAAUUACAUUCGGAAGACCAUGAACAACACCAAGAAAAUCCAAAUUUAUAAUCGAAAAAGUUUUAAAAAACCGACGCUAACAAUGGAAGAAAAUGUUUUUCAAGGCAAAUAUAACAUGAGCACCGUCGAAUUUACUAGAUUAAAUGUAAAUGGUUUGACGGCUAAAGCAUUUGAAAAUUUAACAAGCUUAAGUCGGCUUAAUUUCGAUAAUGUUGCUUUAGAAGAUCUUUCGUUUUUUAGAUCUUCUACACUUCAGGAAUCAUUAAAAUAUUGCAUUAUGAAUGUAGAGAAUGUGGUGGACUUGAAAAUCUUUGACAAAUUCACGAAUCUUGAAACCAUAGAAGUUAACCGAUAUAAGUCCUUCGAAAAUCUUACCGCUUUUAUAUGUGAACCAAGCGAAAGCUACUGUCAAUUUACAUUUGGAAUUAAUAAGGUUGCAUGCCCCUUAAAGUGCAUUUGCAAAUAUGAUCGAGUCAACUCACGUUUUAAAAUUAAUUGUUCGUGGACAAAUCGCACAACUAUUCCAUCGCUACCGGUUCCGAAAAAAGGUCAUUCCCUUCUGGACUUUUCGGACAACCAGUUGGCUGAACUGCCCUACAACUCAUUGGAAGGCUAUAAAAACAUACAAUCCUUGGACGUGUCAUACAACCAACUAACAAGUCUAAGUGUGAGCCAACUGCCUGAAAGUCUUUAUUCUCUGGACAUCAGUCAUAAUAAUAUUACUACCCUAAGCCCACAGGUUGUUGAGUAUCUACACAGUGUUAAGACUUUCAAUCAGUUUGGCAACAAAUGGAUCAUCUACUGCGAUGAAUACUACUUACAAGAUUUCUUUUGGCAUAAAGCAAAAUUGUUACGGAUAAAAACAUCCGAAUUUGACGAUUUAAUGAAAUACGCGCAAGUUAAAAUUAAUGCUUCAUUCUUGAGAAAGUCUUUUGUUAAAAAUAUAGAUUAUAUAGAUAGAUAUCUAGAAGCAAAUGAAGAUGAAAUGAUAAGGGCCUUUGACAGUUCGCAUAAAUACUUAAAGACAAUGGAACUAUUAAAUCAAGUCAUUUCGCACUUUUCGGCGGAGUACGAUCAAAUUAUUCUCCACCAUCUCGACGCACGCUGUCCUUACAGAUGCUCAUGUUGUAUUGAACGGCAAACGAGUGAAUUAAUUAUAAAUUGUCGGAAUUCAACUCUUGACUUUUAUCCAAGGCUACCCCGCUCGAUUCCGUACAACACUACAUUAUAUCUUGAUGCAAAUGAAAUAAGUAAACUCACUUAUCCGAAAUAUAUAUUGCAGAAAUUGCACAUGUCCCAAAACCUGUUAAGUGAACUUCGACUUUAUCUGCUCACAGAAAACAUAACUUACCUAGACGUACGCAAUAAUCGAUUAAAGUAUCUGGAUGAUGAUGUGGUAGCCUUCCUUGAAAAUCGGGAGAACAUCACCAAGAUAGAACUUUCUGGCAACCCAUGGGAAUGUAAUUGCAGCAAAAAGACCUUCCUAUCUUAUCUCAGGAAGCACGAGCCGAUGGAAUACGAAACUGUCCUGCGCCGCGUUAACAUAACUCAGGAUAAGUGUCCUAUAGACUGCUUUUGCUGCGUUGCCACCUGCAAGUCCAAAUCGCUCACACUGAGGAUCGACUGCAGUGGAAAGGACCUUCGCGAAAUACCACCAUUACCCACACUGUCACUUGGACAAACAACUCUCAUCUUUAAAAGAAAUAAUCUCGAGAAAUGGCCAUCCAGCUUGCUACCAGGAUACUCAAACGUGACACGACUUUAUUUGGCCCACAACAGACUUUCCGCUAUUGAUCACCUACCAGAGAAACUUAUACACCUGGACAUCAGUCACAAUAACUUCACGGCUCUAGACGAUCGAGUACGGAGAUUCCUGCAGAAAAGAAUGAAUUCAUCCCAGAUGAAACUAUCACUUUUUGGGAAUCCGUGGACUUGCAGUUGCGAAGAGAAGGACUUCCUGGUAUUCGUGAAGGCGCAUGCGAAGAACAUUGCAAACGCUUCUGCCGUUCAAUGCAGUGGUACUGGACGAUCGUUGAUUGAGAUCGAACUGGCUGAUAUAUGCCCCUCGGUCCUCAUCUACUUCACCUCCCUAGCCGUCUCUCUGCUGAUCCUUGGGUUGUUCCUUAACGUCUUUAUCUGCUUCAGGCGACCCAUAUUGAUCUGGUUCUACGAACACGAAGUAUGUCUCAGUUUGGUCGCCCGCCGGGAACUCGACGAGGAAAAGAAAUACGAUGCCUUCCUAGCAUUCACCCACAAGGACGAGGAGCUUGUCGAGGAGUUCGUGGAUCGCCUGGAGAACGGCAAGCACAAGUUUAGGCUAUGUUUUUACUUGCGAGAUUGGUUGGUGGGCGAGUGCAUUCCCGAUUGCAUUAACCAAUCUGUCCAGGGCUCAAGGCGCAUUAUCAUCCUGAUGACGAAGAACUUCCUCCAGUCCACCUGGGGUCGCCUCGAGUUCCGACUGGCGCUACAUGCAACCUCGAAGGAUCGGUGCAAACGCCUGAUCGUUGUCCUUUAUCCCGAUGUAGAAAACUUCGAGGAUCUAGACAGCGAGUUGAAGGCGUACAUGGUGUUGAACACCUAUCUGGAGAGAAAUCAUUCAAACUUCUGGAACAAGCUGAUGUAUUCAAUGCCACAUGACCUGCAUUCGAAGAGAAGUCGUUCUGAUGCAGAAACAGAGGUAUAAGAACAAA